UUUUUUUUUCAGUUUUUUUUUUAUAGUUUAAGUUUUACUUUAAUCAAACAAUAUUGUUUUUAUAUGGUUGAGCCAACUAACUAAUACAGUUACAUGCAUAUCAAGAAAUUUUGUCAAAUAACUGAAAAUGAGGUGAAAUAUAUUUUAUAUAGAGUCGCACUUCAAUAAUCAAAGCCAAUUGUUGAUGGAUUUAGACAACCCCAUCUACACGAAAACUAAAUAGAAUAAAAACACCCUUUGUUCUAGUCCAGAUUUUGCUCCUUUACUUUUUAUGUUCAAAGCCCUAGAAUUGCCUAGGCAAUUUUCGCAUUGAAAUCACUGUACCAAUCCAACCUCUGAGCUACCAGACUAGAAGGCUGAAAACUGAAAACGGUUGGGCAUAAGGAACCACCUCGAUCAAAGAGAGUAUAUAUAGUUAGAAGACGAAAAUCGAAAACCUGUUGAAUGUUUUCCUAUUUUAAGCCCUUCUUUUUAGGGAAUCUGUUGCCCACAGCCUCAAGGUGGAGAUUUUUCCUCAACAGAAACAAAAGGAAAAUAAUGUUAGAAUCUCUUUCUUUUCCCUAGACUAAAUUUCUGAACCAUCUUUCUCUGGUGAAUUCCACAACCCUUUCAAAUCAUUCUCUGGUGAAUUCCACAACCCUUUCAAAUCAUUUUCCCCACGAAAUCACCACUUUUCUACCUUCAAAAGAAUACCCAACAUCGCCGUCGAUGCAGUAUUGUGGCUCCAGAUCUCGACAUCGGAACCAUUUUUCUCCCCUACUAGCUUUGAUUUCAAGGUAAUUUGCAUCUUAUCAAAUGCUCAAUGAAGAAUGCAUAUCAGUACCCUAACUGUGUAAGAAACACAAAACAUUGCAACGAUGGCUUAUAGACUCUCUUCCUCGAAAGCCCAAUCAUUCUCCUACUCCGAACAACCUUUAGCAGAAAGAUUAACAGACGAUCCGGUAACACACAAAACAGCACAAAGCACGGUCAUCUGCGUCUACCGGGCCCACAUCGGGGGUUACUGGCGCAACGUGACAGUUUUAUGGUGCAAGAACCUUAUGAAUCAUUCCAUCACAAUUUCUUUUGAUAGCAUAGACAGUGAACACAAUCAAUCUUGCAAGAUUGACUUCAAGCCUUGGCACUUUUGGAGUAAAAAGGGGUUCAAGCCCUUUGAUGUCGACGGAAACCAAGUUGAUAUUUAUUGGGACUUGCGAUCAGCAAAAUUCUCCGGUGGGCCUGAGCCAUGCUCGGAUUUCUACGUUGCCCUAGUUUCUGAGGAAGAGGUGGUGUUGCUUUUAGGGGAUUACAAGAAGAAGGCUUAUAAGAGAACCAAGUCAAGACCAGCCCUAGUUGAAGCCCUAAUGUUUUACAAGAAGGAACAUGUGUUCAACAAGAAAAGUUUCUCCACACGCGCCAAGUUUGACCAGAGGAAAGAGGAUCACGAUAUAGUUGUGGAGAGCUCGACGGCAGGGGCCAGAGACCCGGAAAUGUGGAUUAGCAUAGAUGGUAUCGUGGUGAUCCACAUUCAGAACUUGCAAUGGAAAUUCAGGGGAAAUCAGACGAUCUUGGUAAAUAAAUCACCGGUUCAAGUUUUCUGGGACGUACACGCUUGGCUAUUUUGCACACCUGGCUCAGGCCAUGGUUUGUUCAUUUUCAAGCCGGGUGCACCGGAAUCAGAUAGCGACAAAGAGGAUGAAAGCAGCUGUGGUGUUGGUGGUGAUGGAGAGAGUGACGAUUGUAGUAGUAGCAAUAGCAGGUAUUACUCGACUCUAAGUCAUUCAAAAGCAUCUGAGUUUUGCCUUUUUUUGUAUGCAUGGAAGCUUGAAUGAUUCUGUCUCCUCAUUUGGAAAAUGGUUAAAAAGAGAUUGCAAGAAAUUGCAUCAAUGUCAUUGGGCUCGGUGUGGAACAAACAAUUGGGACAGUAGAAGAGUGUGGGGUGACUGGUCCAUUUUGAUCUGGUUCAAACCCAGGAAUGUUGGGUGCAUUAUUCCAAUCAGGAUGCAAGAACUAAGGAAGCAACAUGGAUGAUUUACCAGUGUAGAUAUCAAAAUUUUGAGAUACUGCACCAUGUUCAAUGUGUAAUAAAAAAAAAGUGUUGUAGUACAAUCAUAUAGAAACACCUAAUAGAAAUCCAACCAGCCUUCAGAUUCUCUUCAUUUUUUAUUUUUUAUUUUUGAUAAGUAGAUUCUCUUCUUCCUCUCCUGUUUUUGGUGCACAGCCUAGAAUUCAGCUUUGAGCUAAAGAAAUUGGACAAAAGUUUUUGCAGCAAAAUAGUCAAGGUUCAUACAGGGCCAAAGG